AAAGAGAGAGAGAGGGAGAGAGACGAUGGCAGACAGCAUGCACCCCGGAGGCCUCCCGCGCAUCACCCGCAACCACUCGUGCUUCUCCUGCCAGCAGCGCAAGGUGCGGUGCGACGGGCAGCAGCCAUGCUCGUCCUGCCGCCGCAACAGGAUCGAGUGCGUCCCCGGCAGGCGGACGAAGCCUUCGAUGCAUCGGCGGGAGGCCAGCAGGGCGGCGGCGGCGGCAAGCGAGCGUCUGGUGCGCCGGCUGCGGUGCUGCGAGGAGGCCCUGAAGGCGCACGGCAUCCAGGUCGACGACGAGCAGCCCGGCGAGACGACUUCGCGGGAGCUUCUGCUGCCUUCGCGGGCGCCUCCCCAGGGCCAGAUGAUAGUCAGGUCGGCGGGCUCGCGCUAUGUUGAGAACUGGCUGUGGAAGGGGUUGUCAGACGAGCUGCAAGAUCCGGAGGUUCUGGACGCAGACGAGGAGUCGCAGUUCGACCUCGAGCAGCCAGAGAGCGAGCCCCUGAGCCUGUUCGGCGACGCUCGCUACCUCGACCUCCACGGGCUUCACCCGCCGGCGCCGCAGCUCUUCCAGCUGUGGCAGAUCUAUCUGAACAAUGUCAACCCGAUAGUCAAGCUCUUCCACUCGCAGACGAUGCAGCGGAUGGUGCUCGAUGCGGCCGCGGACCUGGGCAACGUCUCCCGCAGCACCGAGGCGCAGCUCUUCGCCAUCUACACGGCGGCGGUGACCUCGACCGACGAGGAGACCUGUCUGAGGCUGCUGGGCGAGUCCAGGACCGCCCUUCUCAGCCGUUUCUCCAGGGCGACCAAGCAGGCCCUGAACAACGCCGAGUUCCUGCGGUCGACCAAUAUCUGCACCCUGCAGGCCCUCACUCUCUACCUGGUAACUCCCGCUACUCUACUCAUUAACUAGUUACUGAUAUUGGUGUGAUGCUAACGGCUGCAGUUGGCGACUCGGCAUAC